CCUUCCCACGCAUCCAAACCCCAAACCCCCACCCGCACCGGCGUUCGCCGGCGAACCUCCCCGCCGGCCGCCGCCAUGCCGCCGCCUCUCCAGGCCCACCGCAUGCUCCUAUCCCACCGCCGCACAUACCCUAUCCCCCGCCGCCGCUUCACCGCGGUCUCUUCCCUCUCCUCCGCCCCCGCCAAGACCCUGGCCCCGGGCCAGCCCGCCUCCUCCAUCCUCUCCAUCCGCGAGUCGCUCCUGUCCGGCGAGAGGACCGCCGCCGACAUCACCUCCGAGUACCUCUCCCGCCUCCGCCGCACCGAGCCGAGCCUGCGCAGCUUCAUCCACGUGGCCGACGCCGCCGCCGAGCGGGAGGCCGAGGGGCUCGACCGGAGGAUUUCCUCCGGCGGGCGGGAUGCGGUGGGGCCGCUCGCCGGGGUGCUCGUGGGCGUCAAGGACAACAUCUGCACCGCCAGCAUGCCCUCCACCGGCGGGUCGCGGAUACUGGACGGGUUCCAGCCCGCGUACGACGCCACGGCCGUGCGGCGGCUGCGCGAGGCGGGCGCCAUUGUGGUGGGGAAGACUAACCUCGACGAGUUCGGCAUGGGGAGCACCACCGAGGGCUCUGGGUUUCAGGUGACAACAAACCCUUGGGAUGAUUCGCGCGUGCCUGGCGGAUCCUCAGGUGGUUCUGCUUCUGCGGUUUCUGCUAGACAGUGUGUGGUGUCCUUAGGGAGUGAUACAGGUGGAAGUGUGAGGCAACCGGCAUCGUUUUGUGGCGUGGUAGGGUUAAAGCCAACUUAUGGCCGGGUAUCUCGUUUCGGCCUCAUGGCUUAUGCUUCAUCACUGGAUGUUGUGGGAUGCUUUGGAUCAUCAGUUUUUGACACUGCAACCAUAUUGUCCGUCAUUGCUGGCCAUGACAAAAUGGAUUCAACCAGUAGCUCUCAUGAUGUUCCAGACUAUAGAUCAGACUUGGCAUCUCUAAGUUUACUAGAAUCAAAACCAUUAAAUAGUGUGAGAAUUGGGAUUAUCCAAGAAACUCUUGGAGAGGGUGUGGAUGCUGGAGUCAUAUCAUCAAUCAGGGCUGCUGCUUCACAUCUGGAACAGCUGGGAUCAGUAGUGGAAGAGGUUUCUAUGCCUUCAUUUUCUCUUGGCUUACCAGCAUAUUACAUACUGGCCUCUUCUGAAGCUUCAUCUAAUUUGUCACGCUAUGAUGGCAUCAGGUAUGGGCAGCAGGUUUCAGCUGACGACUUGAAUGAGCUGUACGGAAAUUCCCGGGCUAAUGGUCUCGGUCAUGAGGUCAAAAUGAGAAUUUUGAUGGGAACUUAUGCAUUAUCUGCUGGAUACUAUGAUGCAUACUACAAGCGAGCACAACAGGUGAGGACGCUGGUUAAGAAAAGCUUCGAAGAAGCUUUGGGAAAAUAUGAUAUUCUUAUUUCACCUGCUGCUCCAUCAGCAGCCUACAAGAUAGGCGAAAAGACAAAUGAUCCAUUAGCUAUGUACGCCGGAGACAUCAUGACGGUGAAUGUUAACAUGGCUGGGCUUCCUGCAUUGGUUGUGCCUUGUGGAUUCGUCCAAGGUGGAUCUGCUGGUCUCCCAGUCGGACUUCAGAUGAUUGGAUCUCCCUUCAGUGAGGGGAAAUUGCUGGAAGUAGGCCACAUCUUCGAGCAAACGCUGCAGGAUCUCAGCUUUGUCCCACCACUGGUGGCAGAUAACUAGCGCCCUUCUCCUGUCUCGUUCAAGCGGUUCCUAGGGCUGCACGGGUCUUAGAGGGUCCCUCUUUUCAUUCGUUCCUGAAGUUUUGAGCUAUAUUUCAUUGUUGUAUGCCGAGGAAACCGGUUCUGCGCAAUGGGGGUGGUCGGUGGAGAUCUCUCCCUCGUGGGGGAGUUGUUGGGAAACAAAAUGAGACAGGUACAUGUGCUGUUUCUGCAAGCCAACUGCUGGAUGCAGUGCUCGCAUUCAGUGUCUGCCCACAUAGUAGAUGAUAAUUUUUUUGUAACCCUGGUUCACAUCAGUGAUAUUUUGCAAAUCCUUUUGAUUGAUUGACUGAUAAUAGUGCAAGCUGUUCAUGGCUUCAUGCCCAC